CCAAAGGUCACUACUACGUAAUCCCCCCAAUCUCAAUCGAAUGCCCCAAAGAAUAGUUAGACCAGAGCCAUCUGAUCUAGCGGGUAAGUCUCGCCGCCGGUAGUUAUACUAUAUGACGGCGACCAUCUCGUCCACGUUGACCCCGAGAAAGGCAAGUAUCGUCUUUGGGAUGAAAAAAAGUUGUUUACCAUGACGCUAGGUGCCCGAGAGUGAGACAGAUGUAAGUCAGGGUGAGUGGAGGCAGUGAGUGAGGUGGGUGAGCAGCAAGAUGGGCGACUUGGUGGGUGUAGAAGACGGAAAUGUUGAAUUGCACGUGGCAAUAACCCAAUAGCAGGGUGCUGCGAGAAUCAGAUUUAAUGAUGCGAUGAAUGCAUCAGCUAAGCUAGCCGGAGUACGACAAGAGCUACUAGCAAGUAAGGAAGACACGGAGAAAAUCCAAGCUGCCAUGAGACAAACUGAGCACCUCAUGGCAGAGGGCCAUAGCAGCAGAGUGACAUGAGAGACAAAUCUGCCGCCUGGUCGCAAUUGGAAGCGAGUCUCCACGCAGAAUAUCAGAAAGCUUCUGAUAGCUCCUCUUCCCAGAAAGCUGCAAUUGCCAACCUCGAGAGGCGUAUCCGAGAGAUGACGACGGAGAAGAACAUCAUUACAGCCACUGGCGUCGAGGCAGUUAGGAAUCUCGACACAGCAGCAGCAAAAAAUGUAUUCCUCGUCACGUAUGGCGAAAGUGGUACAGUCGCUUCAAAGCUGGCGGUGAGCAUCAUAGAGGAACACCAAGCACGAAAUGAUCAGCUCACUCACCGCCGUUUCCAGUUACACAUCAUCGCAGCUGGGGCGGCUGGUGUUGUGGCAGCGAAGGCGGCAACCAAGGCACGACCUACGGAAAGGCUGGCAACAGAGUUGGCAGCGCACAAGGACAGCUCAACGGGAGCUGAUGCACAGUAUAAGGCCCUGGGGUCUUCACAUAGUGAAGCGUUCAGGAUCAUCGAGGAAACCAGGGGUGCCCUUCGACUAGAGUCAGGGACUUCUCGCGCGUUGCGACCUGAGGUUGAAUUCCUCACUGAUGAGGCGCAGUCACAGGCACGGCGAGAAGAGAAUCUCAGCCAAAAACACUCCCGGCAGAUCGCGCUCCAUGGUGCUACAAGUUGGACAGUUGCCUCUGCAGAUGCAGAGGCAACUGCGACACUAGGCGGCUUAACGCCAGGCAAAUUCAUAAGCACACGUUACGAUGCGGAAUCUGUUGCACUCCCGAAACUGUCAACGUCAAGAAUUCACAAAGAGAAUAUGUUACCAGGAGAAGACCAUACAAGCCCGCAUCCGGUCAUCCUGACGGCAUCGGCGUAUAAAAGAACAUUGCCGAUGGUGAAGGCGUCUCUCAUUCUCCGCGGCGUUGACCAUGAUGACUCGAUAAUGCUGCAAGUAGAAUUGUAA